ACCAACACAGUCUUGGAACUCUAAAAUUUGUGUUUUUAUAUAAAACAAUAAAAUGUACUGAUAAGUACCAAAAGUUCUGCAUUCUGACAACAUAGGUUCAGGUCUGGGCUUCAUCAUAAGCUAGCAUUUUGAUGCUGGAAAAAAUGUUAUUUGGUUUGUCCAACCCCAUUUCCUUAUCUAAAAUUGGUGAUAAUGAUAUAUUCACCAAUACUAAUAAUUAAAUAAUUCUUUGAUAGGAUGUUCUCAAGUAUAUAGGUAUUAUUAGUUAAAAGUAAUAAUUAUUCAUAGCGUUAUUAGUUAAUAAUAAAAAUAUUGCAUAUGAAAAUUCUGUCUACUGAAAGAGUCAAUAAAGAUUAUCUUCAUGAUAAUCAUUUAAUAGCUACAGGAUAUAGGAGGAAGAGACAAUAAAAUGAAAAUAUUAUGAUUAAUUUUAGUGCUUAGGCCAGAAUUCAUCCAAGGGUGUCUCUUUCUUGAAAAGAGGAACAGAGACUCAUUUCUUUAGUUAUACAGGACACAGAGGAAGGAAGGAAGAUGCUAGCCACAUGUGAUAUAUAUUUUUUUUAAUUUUCAAAAAAAUUGUUAUUGGUGCAUUCUAAUUAUACAUAACAAUUAUCCAUUUAUGCAUAAAUUAGUCUGUUUCAUUCCCCCUUACCUGCCUCCCCUUCCCUUCUUCUAUCCCCAAUCCUAUUUCUCUAGUAGUCUCACUUGUAUUUUCAUGAAGUCCCUUCUCUUUCCUUAUUCCUCUCUAGUUCCACAUAUGAGAGAAAACAUAACCCUGAGUCUGGCUUAUCUCACUUAGCAUUAUGUUCCCCAGUUCCAUCCAUUUUCCUAUGAAUGCCAUAAUUUUGCUCUUCUUUAUUGGCUGAGUCAUACUCCAUUGUUUCUGUGUACCACAUUUUCUUUAUCAGUUCAUCUGUUGAUGGAUACCUAAGUUGGAUCCAUAACUUGACUGUUGUGAAUUGUGCUGCUGUAAACAUGUGUAUGCAUGUAUUUUUGCUGUAGUAUGCUGACCAAGGAAUGGUAAAGUUGGGACUUAUGGUGGUUCCAUUCCCAGCCUUUUGAGGAACCUCCAUACUGAUUACCAUAGUGGGCUGUGGUAAUUUACAGUCCUACUGAUAGUGUAUAAAAUGUUCCUUUUCUCUUGUAUCCUUGUCAGCAUUUAUUUUUUGUAUUCUUAAUGAGUGUCAUUCUCACUGCAGUGAGAUGAAAUCUCAGUGUAGUUUUGAUUUGCAUUUUCUUGAUUGCUAAAGAUGUUGAACAUUUUUUCAUAUAUUUGUUGGCCAUUUGUAUUUCUUUUUUUUUUGAGCAGUAUCAGUUCAGUUCAUUUGUCCAUUUAUUGGGUUUGGGGGUUUUAUUUUGUUUUUCUGGAGUUAAGUUUUUUUUUCAGUUCUUUAUAUAGUCUGGUUGCUAAUUCUCUGUCUGAAGAAUAGCAGCAAAGAUUUUCCCCCAUGCUGUAGGCUCUUUCUUCAUGCUUUUCUUUUCCUUUGCCGUGCAGAAGCUUUUUAAAUUAAUGCUAUCCCAUUUAUGAACUCCUGAUUUUAUUUCCUGAGCCCUAUUGAGGAAGUCAUUGCCUAUGCCUGUAUGUUGAAGUGUUGACCUUUUUUCUUUCUUUUUUUAAAAAAAUAUCUAUUUUUAAGUUGUAAUUGGACACAACACCUUUAUUUUGUUUAUUUAUUUUUAUGUGGUGCUGAGGAUCAAACCCAGGGCCCUGCACAUAUUAGGCGAGCUCUCUACUGCUGAGCCACAACUCCAACACCACCUCCCCACAAUUUUCUUUCAACAGUUGCAAAGUAGAAACCCUAGGUCUAAUUUCUAAGUCUUUGAUCCACUUGUGUUUGACUUUUGUAUAGGUGAGAAUUAGGGAUCAAGUUUCUUUCAUUGUUGUACAUAUGGAUAUUCAUUUUUUUAAAGUAAAAAGAAAUGGGUGAUGUUAGUAAUAUAUUUUAUUUAACCCAGUUUGUCUAACAUGGUCAUUUCAGCAUAUAAUCAAUAUAAAAAUUAAUGAGAGAUUUUACAUUCUUUUUCCUACUAAGUCUUUUAAUUUCAGUGUGCAUUUUAUACUUACAAUACAUCUCAAUUUGAACUAUCUGCAUUUCAUGUGUUCAAUGGCUGGUGCCCACCAUAUUGAACAGCACCCGUUUAACUUCUAGCUAUGGUAUUCACUGUUAUUCACAAACUGGCCUCUUUUUAUCAUUUCUUCCCUGUAACUUCCCCCAAAAUGUUAUAUUCUCACCAUGCAAAACCACUUAUAUUCCUCUAGAUGCCAUUGGUUAAGCUGUUUCUUUUACCUAGAAUGUUUUUGAACCCUUUCUCUGGGCCUUGGUAGAGAGGUACAGAUUUUGUCAACAGGCUUUUCUGGACUCCUCUAACUCUUAGCUCUGUAUUUAUAGGUGAAUUAGAGUGCUUAUUGUAGGGGGUUUAGUUGUUUUUGAGGCUAUCUCUCUGUCUAGUGCCUUUUUCAUCUUUGUUGUGAUCAUGGCCUGCACUUAAUAGCUGAUCAGUAGAUGUUUGCAGACAGAAUGAGUAAACCGCUAACCAGCUGUAUUCACUCUCUUAAUUCUCCAACGGAUGUGAUACUUCCUUAGGAGAUUUGUGCCUGUAUUACCCUCUCGCACAUGUGCGUGGGCAAUCACACACACAUCCAGAUGUGGUAACUAACGAGGAAUUCAUCUCAAGACGUGCGCAAAAAGGAUCUUCUUUCCCCCUCUUGAUUUUAUGGAUGGGAGAACUGAGGAAUAGAAAGUAAGUUAGGAAGGCCAGCUGAUUUGCAUCAGUAUCAAUAUAAAGAAGGGGAGGGGAGGAGAGUUCUUGAAAGAGGUAUGGUGGUUUCAGAGGAUUGAGUCCCUUAGGUGGUUGGGGAUCAGCUGGCUCCACUUGGUUGCUUGAUAAAAGGGAAGGGAAGUGGGGAGUGAGGAGUAACUCUUGGGUCCUGAUGAGUAUUCAAGACAGGUUCAGGUCUAGGAAGCUGAGAAUUUCUUUUCUGGAAGUGUGAGCGCCAAGGAGGAGCUCAUUGCUGGAGAAAAGUUGAAGAGCAAAAUGAUCAUCAUCUCAGAUCAGGAAAAAUACUGGCCUACAGAGGGUAGGAGAGAGCCAGUAAGGCAAAAGGAAGAGCUCUGGAAACCAGCAGGCGGAGCCAAGGAGUCCUAUUGGGACAAAGACUUCUUAGAGAGCAGUACCAGUUCUCAGUCUAUAGAAUGGAGACAGAAAGAAUCAGAGAUUCAGAGAGGCACUAUGACUCCUUUGAGGACCCAGCAUUCCUUGGCAGGUCAGACGUACUCAGUGCCUCUCAUCCAACCUGACCUGCGGCGAGAGGAAGCCAUUCAACAGGUGGCAGAUGCCCUGCAAUACCUACAGAAAGUCUCUGGAGACAUCUUUAGCAGGAUCUCCCAGCGGGUAGAGCUGAGCCGGAGCCAGCUGCAGGCCAUUGGGGAGAGGGUCUCCUUGGCCCAGGCCAAGAUCGAGAAGAUCAAGGGCAGCAAGAAGGCCAUCAAGGUAUUCUCCAGUGCCAAGUACCCAGCCCCAGAGCGUCUGCAGGAAUACGGCUCUAUCUUUACUGGGGCACAGGACCCUGGUCUGCAGAGACGGCCUCGCCACAGGAUCCAGAGCAAGCACCGCCCCUUGGAUGAGCGGGCCCUGCAGGAGAAGCUGAAAUACUUUCCUGUCUGUGUGAACACCAAGCCAGAGCCCGAGGAUGAAGCUGAGGAAGGUCUUGGGGGUCUUCCAAGCAACAUCAGCUCUGUCAGCUCCUUGCUGCUCUUCAACACUACUGAGAACUUGUACAAGAAGUAUGUCUUCCUGGACCCCCUGGCUGGUGCUGUAACAAAGACCCAUGUGAUGCUGGGGGCAGAGACGGAGGAGAAGCUAUUUGAUGCCCCUCUGUCCAUCAGCAAGAGAGAGCAGCUGGAACAGCAGGUUCCAGAGAAUUACUUCUAUGUGCCAGACCUGGGCCAAGUACCCGAGAUUGAUGUGCCAUCCUACCUGCCUGACCUGCCUGGCAUUGCUGAUGACCUUAUGUACAAUGCUGACUUGGGGCCAGGCAUUGCUCCCUCUGCCCCCGGUGCCAUUCCAGAACUGCCUACCUUUCCUACAGAGGUUGCAGAGCCUUUCAAGGCGGACCUAGAAGAUGGGGUGCUGACAGCACCCCCACCACCACCACCGCCCCCACCGCCACCCCCAGCUCCUAUGGUGCUGGCCAGCGCCCCUCCACCCCCACCUUCACCCCAGACUGUGGCCUCCACCAGCCUAGGUGCCAGGGAGGACGACAACAGCAGCAGUGCACCUCCUUCAGUUCCAGUCCAGGGAGCUCCCAAGGAAGUGGUUGACCCCUCCAGUGGCCGGGCCACUCUGCUGGAGUCCAUCCGCCAAGCUGGGGGCAUCGGCAAGGCCAAGCUGCGCAGUGUUAAAGAGCGCAAGCUGGAGAAGAAAAAACAGAAGGAGCAGGAACAAGUGAGAGCCACGAGCCAGGGUGGAGACCUGAUGUCGGAUCUCUUCAACAAGCUGGUCCUGAGGCGUAAAGGUAUCUCCGGGAAGGGACCUGGGACUGGAGCCAGUGAGGGACCAGGAGGAGCCUUUGCGCGAAUGUCAGACUCCAUCCCCCCUCUGCCGCCCCCACAGCAGCCACCAGGAGAGGAAGACGAGGAUGACUGGGAGUCUUAGGUGGCUCCUCCCUCCCUAAACCCUGACUGUUGCCUUCUUGGAAACAUCCAGGAGCAGCUCCUGGGCCUACCAUCCUCUCAGCCUAAGGAUCUCAGCUGGGAUAGUGGACAGUCCCAGAUCUGCACCUAGACCCCCUGCACAGGGUGUAUGUGUAUGCCACCCGCUUGUGCCCUGCUCAUGUGACUGCCUUACCCACCCUUUACCAGGGUGCUCUUCUAAAGAUCUUUGAGAAAACAGUAACAUGAAUCAAUAAAGAAGGGUAAUACAGGAAUGGAGCUCAA